AUGGAUUACAUCAUACACCUCUUACAUCUCUCAGGAUUCCUCAUGCUGUCUGCAUGUGUUCCUCGUCAGUAUCACUUUGUGAAUGAGUUAAAGACCUGGACUGAAGCACAGACAUACUGCAGAGAGCACUACACUGACCUGGCCACUAUUGAUAACCAAGAGGACACAGAUGAGCUGAUUAAAACUGUUAAAGGAGAUGCUGAGCGUGUUUGGAUUGGACUGGAGAAGAGUAGUGAUAUGAAAUGGCAGUGGUCUCUGGGAGAUACAACAUUCUACAGAGAGGGAGAGAUGGAGUUUAGAAACUGGGCUGUUAACCAACCAGACAACACUGUUUACUGUGUAGCCAUGAAAAAUGGUACAUGGCAUGAUUAUAACUGUGAGGAAGACCACUCCUUCAUAUGCUAUGAUGAGAGAAGGAGUGGCAGUGACAGAUACAUACUGCCCACAAAGCCAAAUGAAAAUGAGAGAAGAAAGAAGUGGAGAGAAGCUCAGAGCUACUGUAGAAAGCAUCACACAGACCUGGUCAGUGUGAGGAACCAGACUGAGAACCAGGACAUACACAGGAUCAUGGAGGACGCCAGUGUAGACGCAGCCUGGAUCGGCCUGUUCAGAGACUCCUGGAAGUGGUCAGAUCAGAGUGACUCCUCAUUCAGAUACUGGAGACCAGGAAUACCUGAUAAUUUUGGAGGGAAUGAGAACUGUGCUGUGGUUUGGAUUAAGAGAGAUGUUGGACAAUGGGGUGACUGGCCGUGUAAUCGUAAAACCGUAAAGUUUGUCUGCUAUGAGGAUAAACUGGUCCUGAUCAAUGAGGCUCUGACCUGGAGCGAAGCUCUGAAUUACUGCAGAGAGCAUCAUGUGGACCUGGUCUCAGUUCACUCAGAGGAUAUUCAGAAGUGGGUGAUGGAGGUGGUUGAGAAGGCCUCCACUGCUCAUGUGUGGCUGGGCUUACAUCACAGCUGCACUUUCGGCUUCUGGUUUUGGGUGAGUGGAGAACUUCUCUGCUACGAAAACUGGGCCCCAGGAAAUGGAACAGGGGUGGAGGAGUGUGAGAGAGCGGUCAGAACAGGAGCAGUGGAGUCUGGAGGAGGGAAACAGUGGGUCAGCCUGCCUAAGACCAAGAGACUCAACUUCAUUUGCAGUAACUAUGAAGAGGACUAG